CAAUGAAAAUAGGGUCAUCUUCAACCGCCUCUCGACGAAUCUCAAAGAUCAUUGUUUUCAGUGGAGAACGCACCUGUUCAUUCGGCCAGACGAGAAGCAUCAACAUGGCGACUCCGUACAAGAUCCAAGUCCCAGUGACAAACACCGGGCUGUGGAAGUUUAAGCAGCAAGAUGACACUGCGAACAAGGUCUCGGAGCUUUUGCAAGAGGACCUGAAGAAACAUCACGUCUUCUUCAACCAAGAUGGCUUCCACAAUCAUAUCCCCCAUCAUCUCCUUGCCCUCUUUGGCACCGGAGCAGGCCCUGAUGCCAUUCAAACGGCAUACAAUGAAAACGCAAACUACCAGAGACCCGCCAAAGAAAGCCAGGACAGUGUGGCAGACGAGCUCCACGACUGGGAAAAGACAAAAAAGUACCUGGGCCGAGAGAAGCAUUACUCCGACUUCCUCCUCUUCUACCAGCGUGAGAUCGAGAGGCUGGGCUGGGAGGCAGCGCUGAACGAGCACCUCUUCAAGGGCGACGAGCGUGCCAACGACAUGUUCCAGCGCAUGUUCGCCGGCAUCCUGCACCCCAUCAUCCAGCUCAUGUACGGCGUCGAGUGGGAGCAGCCCGCCAUCGUCGCCGAGGGCCUGGCCCAGGCCGCCGUGCAUAAGAACCAGCUCAAGGCCUUCCUCGACGAGACUGAGAGGCGCGCGGACGAGACCGCCAAGACGCCGAUGCCGCAGAUCGCGGCGCUCAUCAAGGAGAUCCGGGGUGACCAGAAGCUGGCCACGGCUACGGAGAUGGGGGACGCGAACAAGAUCUUCGACGGCGUCAUGAAGCGCGCGCCCGAGGAGAUGCUCAGGGUCGCGAGCAAGGUCAAAGUCCUGCCUGAGGAGCUGGACGAGAGGACGGCCGAGAUGUUUCAUAUUGGCUUCUACGUCACUGGCGGCGCAGCCCUUCGUCCGGGGAAGGAGGCGAAGUGGGACUUCUUCUUGAUCCAUCACACGAACGUGGCGCCCAUCUUUCUUAGUUUCAACUCCAAGCCUUGGAUCUCGACAGAAAAUAAGGUUCGCAUGCUCGAGCACAAGAUCCGGAUGGAUCUUGUCCAGUACGCGGCACGCGGCUGCCCAGAACUCCGCCUGGACCAAGUCAGGUCAUACAAGCCAAGGGACCGGGACCAGGGCAAAGAGCUGGUCUCGAAGCCAUCAGACCUCCUUCCGAGAUUCCACAAUAUCCCUGACGACGGCCACACGAUCAAGGUGGCACGCGCUCUCGGCAUCUGCCACGAGCUGUCUUCCAAUUACGGCGACAAGCCGUGGAUCAAGAUCAAAGGGGACGACGAGUGGCUCAAGCUGGCCUACAUGCUGCUGGAUGGGACGGAGCACUCCGGGACGAGAUGGGUCCGCUCGGCCGGCUUCGAAGAGGCAUGGAAGGACAUUCCCGCUCGCGAUUGACUAGCCGGUGGCGCAGAAACCGCUUCGAGGUUGUGAAGAGGAUUGAGGAACGGCGGACCGCAUGCCAUGGGAGCAAGCGGCGAGGCGGAUUUGGCAAAACG